UGGGUGCACACAGGGAAUGAGGAAAUAGAAAUUCAUAAUGUCGUGGUUCAUUGCAGCUAACUAUGUCUGUGUCUAAGAAUUUUUCGAGAGUACGCCUGAGGAGUAUUCUUCAAUAAACAGUAUUCAUGUUUGUUUUGAAAAGGAACUUUAAAACUGACCGUAUCUAAAUCUCUAUGAAAAGCUCUGUUUGAAAAACACUCACUGUGCAGGUAAGUGUUAUAAUCUAUUAGACAUUACCUGUUCUUUGUAAUGCAGGAUUACAGCUGGACAGACAUCCGAUGUCCCUUUGAAAAGCGCAGGGAUGCAGCUUGUGUCUUCUGGGACAACGUAGUUUAUAUUUUGGGUGGUUCCCAGCUCUUCCCUAUAAAGCGAAUGGACUGCUACAAUGUGGUGAAGGAUAGCUGGUAUUCCAAACUAGGACCUCCAACACCUCGAGAUAGCCUUGCAGCCUGUGCUGCUGAGGGCAAAAUUUAUACAUCUGGUGGUUCAGAAGUGGGAAAUUCUGCACUGUAUUUAUUUGAAUGCUAUGACACGAGAACAGAAAGCUGGCACACAAAGCCUAGCAUGCUGACUCAGCGAUGCAGCCACGGAAUGGUAGAGGCUAAUGGUCUCAUUUAUGUAUGCGGAGGAAGCUUGGGAAACAAUGUUUCUGGAAGAGUCCUAAAUUCCUGUGAAGUUUAUGAUCCAGCCACUGAAACGUGGACUGAGCUGUGUCCAAUGAUUGAAGCCAGGAAGAAUCAUGGGCUGGUGUUUGUGAAGGACAAAAUAUUUGCUGUGGGUGGACAAAAUGGCUUAGGUGGCCUUGAUAAUGUAGAGUAUUACGAUAUCAAGAUGAAUGAAUGGAAGAUGGUGUCUCCAAUGCCAUGGAAAGGUGUAACAGUGAAGUGUGCUGCUGUGGGAUCUAUAGUCUAUGUCCUAGCUGGUUUUCAGGGUGUUGGUCGAUUAGGGCACAUUCUUGAAUAUAAUACUGAGACAGACAAGUGGAUAGCCAACUCCAAAGUCCGUGCUUUCCCAGUGACGAGUUGUUUAAUCUGUGUUGUAGACACUUGUGGGGCAAACGAAGAAACUUUAGAGACCUGAAGACCUGUAGGAAAUGCUGAGACGUUCUUCAAGGACUUGGGGAAAGAUGGCUAUUGGUGCUUUGCUUCCAUGUUUUACUGAAUCUUGUUAAACUGAGUCAUAUGAAAAAUGGAGAUGCCGUCUUUCAAUUUGUAUAUACAGCGUAUUGUAUAACAUGGAUUUUUGUCAUGCCCAUUUUCUUGUCUGGUUUAAGAGAUGGGGAUGUGUUUUGAGAAUCCAGUUACCUAGCUGAGAUCAUAUGGCAUCUUCCUUUAAAAGGACUCUGUGUGUGGCCUUGUC